GCGCGAAACUGCAGUUUACACGUCAGGCAUUUUUGAGGUUACACUUCUUCCUCCAAUUUUCAGUGAUUUUCCCGGGAUUUUCAGUGUUUUCCCACGUGAAAUUGUGCAAAUAGUAAAGAAAAGUGACAAGAGUUACCCAAAAUGAAUCAGGUUGAUGCAAAUGUUGGGCAUUUGAAGGUGAAAGAUGAGAUUGCAGUGCGGUGUCGUGCAUUGUUCUUGGAUUUCCUGGAAGAGUUUAAGGAAGACGGUGAGGUGAAAUACGUGAAAUUGGCUGAAGAGCUUCUGUCUCCGGAUAAAUCCUUGCUGGAAGUUAGCUUUGAUGAUCUGGAGAAAUUCAAUCAGAAUCUCGCUCAGACAGUCAUUGAGGAGUACUAUAGGAUCUACCCGAGUCUCUGUGAUGCCGUAACAACCUUCGCCAGAGACCAUUUCGAUGUGAAAAAGGACAAAGAUUGCUACGUGUCCUUCGUGGAAGUCCCGACACGUCACAAAGUCCGGGAAUUAACCACUUCGAAGAUUGGUACUCUCAUUAGGAUCUCCGGACAGGUGGUACGCACGCAUCCUGUGCAUCCGGAACUCGUGUCUGGGACUUUUGUUUGCCUGGAUUGUCAGACGGAAGUGACAAAUGUUGAGCAACAAUUUAAAUUCACAAAUCCCACAAUUUGCCGCAAUCCCGUGUGCUCCAAUCGAAGGAAGUUCCUCCUGGACGUCGAGAAGUCCAUGUUUAUUGACUUCCAAAAGGUGAGAAUUCAGGAGACGCAAGCUGAACUUCCACGGGGUUGCAUUCCCAGGUCAGUGGAAAUUAUUCUGAGAGCAGAUAUUGUUGAAACUGUCCAGGCUGGAGAUCGAUAUGACUUCACAGGGACACUGAUAGUUGUACCCGAUGUGGGAGUGCUCCAGUUUCCCGGAGCCAAGGCCGAAUUGGGAUCUCGGCAUCGGCACGGUGGAGAAAAUCGUCCAGAAGGUGUUAGAGGCUUGAAAGCUUUGGGAGUCCGAGAUUUAACAUACAGGAUGGCCUUUCUGGCCUGCAGUGUCCAGGCCACAAGUGUCAGAUUCGGCGGGACAGACCUCCCAAUGAGUGAGGUAACAGCUGAAGAUAUGAAGCGCCAAAUGACGGAUGCAGAAUGGAACAAAGUAUAUGAGAUGUCCAAGGACAGAAAUCUCUAUGCAAAUCUCACCAGUAGCCUCUUCCCGUCCGUUUAUGGAAAUGACGAAGUCAAGAGAGGAAUUCUAUUGAUGCUUUUUGGCGGCAUUGCCAAGACAACCCAUGAGAAAACAAGCCUUCGUGGAGAUAUCAAUGUUUGUAUUGUUGGAGAUCCCAGCACAGCUAAAUCACAGUUUCUCAAGCAAGUUGCCGAUUUUUCUCCACGGGCAGUCUACACUUCCGGGAAAGCCUCAUCUGCUGCCGGUUUGACAGCAGCUGUGGUGAAAGAUGAGGAGAGCUUUGACUUUGUCAUCGAAGCAGGAGCUCUAAUGUUGGCAGACAAUGGGAUCUGUUGCAUCGAUGAAUUUGACAAAAUGGAUCCAAGGGAUCAAGUUGCCAUUCACGAAGCCAUGGAACAGCAAACAAUUUCCAUUGCCAAAGCAGGAGUCCGGGCAACUCUCAAUGCCAGAACUUCCAUUCUUGCAGCUGCAAAUCCCAUCAAUGGACGCUACGAUCGUUCCAAAUCCCUCCAGCAAAACAUUCAGCUCAGUGCUCCAAUCAUGUCCCGUUUUGAUUUAUUCUUCAUCCUCGUGGACGAAUGCAACGAAGUCGUGGACUAUGCUAUUGCCCGGAAAAUCGUCGAUCUCCAUUCAAAUGUGGAGAGUCCGGUGGAGCAAGUGUAUUCCCGGGACGAAAUGCUGAGGUACAUCACCUUCGCCAGGCAGUUUAAACCUAUCAUAGGAGAGGAAGCAGCAAAACUCCUCGUGGACAACUACAGUCACCUGAGGCAGAGGGACACAGGGACUCUGGGCAAGGGAACCUGGAGGAUCACAGUGAGACAGCUCGAGAGUAUGAUCAGAUUGAGUGAGGCCAUGGCCAAAAUGGAAUGUGCCAAUGAAGUUGAACCAAAGCACGUCAGAGAGGCCUACAGGCUCCUCAACAAAAGUAUCAUCAGAGUUGAGCAGCCAGAGAUCCACUUAGACGAUGAAGAUGAUGAAGCAUUGAUGGAAGUGGACAUUGAAGACCCCAAUAAUGCCCAACAGCCAGCAGAAUCAAAUGCUCAAGAAGGCGAAAGAGAAAGUCAGGAUGGAGACGCAGAAACUCCUGCUGUACAGAAAAAGAAGCUAACUCUAUCUUUUGAAGAUUACAAAAAUCUUUCUAACAUGCUGAUCCUUCAUAUGAGAAACGAAGAGGCCCGAUUGGAAGCCGAAGGAAGUGAUUCGGAGGGAAUUCGUCGAUCAGACAUUGUUAAUUGGUAUCUUGAACAGAUGAGUGACCAGAUUGAAACUGAAGAUGAGCUGAUUGAGAGGAAAUCUUUAGUUGAAAAAGUCUUGGAUAGAUUGGCCUAUCAUGAUCAAGUUAUUAUUCCUCUGCGAUCAACAGGAUUACGAGGUAGGAGAGAAGCAGGUCAGGACCCAACUCCAGAUGAAGAUACCGAGGAUCCCUUGCUUGUUGUCCAUCCCAAUUACAUCGUAGAGUAAUCUCUUAGUGUUUCAAUCACGUUUUUGUACUCAAUUAUCUCAUCAGAUUAAAUAUUUUUUGCCAUUA